CACUAGGCGAUGGUGCAGCCAAGAUGGCGGUGGGUGCCGAGCGAGCGUGAGUGUUGGCAGCGGCUCCUCCGCUCCCCGCGGUCUCCCCGGCUCGGGCUGGGGGAGGCGGAGGGAUGAGGCGCGUCCCCGUUCCGGGCCGGUCGUGGUGAGCGGUGCGUGCCGGCGAGCGCCAUGGCGGGGAUCAUCAAGAAGCAGAUCCUGAAGCAUCUCUCCAGGUUCACCAAAAAUCUGUCGCCUGACAAGAUCAACCUGAGCACGUUAAAGGGGGAAGGUCAACUGACCAAUUUAGAGUUGGAUCAAGAGGUGCUUCAAAACAUGCUGGAUCUGCCAACGUGGCUUGCUAUAAACAAGGUCUUUUGCAAUAAAGCAUCCAUUAGGAUACCAUGGACAAAACUGAAAACACAUCCCAUCUCUUUGUCCUUGGAUAAAGUUGUAAUGGAAAUGAGCACAUGUGAAGAGCCACGUGCCCCUAAUGGACCUUCUCCUAUAGCAACUGCAUCAGGACAGAGUGAAUAUGGUUUUGCUGAAAAAGUGGUAGAAGGAAUUUCGGUGUCUGUGAACUCCAUAGUAAUAAGGAUUGGUGCAAAAGCUUUUAAUGCUUCGUUUGAACUUUCCCAACUAAGAAUAUACAGUGUCAAUGCAAACUGGGAACAUGCUGACCUGAGGUUUACCAGGAUACAAGAAGCUCAACGUGGAGAGGUAUUGACUUUUAAGGAGAUUAACUGGCAGAUGAUCAGAAUAGAAGCGGAUGCAAUUCAGAGUUCGAAGCAUGAAAUCAUGAGCGCUCCAGUUCGACUCAUUACGAAUCAAUCAAAAAUUAGGGUCACACUUAAAAGAAGGCUAAAGGACUGUAAUGUAGUGGCGUCAAAACUGGUUCUGAUCCUGGAUGACUUGCUGUGGGUUUUGACUGAUUCCCAGUUGAAAGCCAUGGUGCAGUAUGCCAAAUCUCUUAGUGAAGCCAUAGAGAAAUCAACAGAACAGAGAAAAAGCUUGGCUUCUGAAACAACACAGAGCUCAGCUCCUGCACCCAGCUCUCAGCAGGUGAAAGCACACCAGACUACAGCAGCACCUGAUCAAAAUGAUGCAAUAGUAAAAUUGUUUAAUGAUUUUGAUGUUAAGGAAACUUCUCAUCACUUAGUAAUCUCCCAUUUGGACCUACAUAUAUGUGAUGACAUCCAUUCUAAAGAGAAAGAUUCAAAUAGACGUGUAACAGGAGGAGCCAUGCAGCUUUCUUUCAGCUACUUAACGGUGGACUAUUACCCAUUUCACAAAGCAGGAGACAGCUGCAAUCACUGGAUGCAUUAUAGCGAUGCCACUAAAACCAGAAGUGGGUGGGCCCAAGAGUUAUUAAAUGAAUUCAAAAGUAAUGUUGAAUUGCUUAAGCAGGCUGUGAAGGAUCAAGGCAUAGGUUCUCCUGCCGCAUCACCACCUGCUGUAUCUCCUCAAAAGCCACAAACAGGCAAGGAACAGACACUGAAAGGAACUUCCCAGCAGCCAAAGGGCAAACUGAUGUCUUGUCCUGUUGUGGUUAGACUUGCGGAUUUCAAUAUAUAUCAGGUCUCAACAGCAGACCAGUGUCGUUCUUCCCCUAAAACUUUGGUCUCUUGCAAUAAGAAGUCACUUUAUCUUCCACCAGAAAUGCCAGCUAUUCAUAUUGAAUUCACUGAAUAUUACUAUCCAGAUGGAAAGGACUUUCCUAUUCCUUGUCCAAAUUUGUAUGGCCAGCUGAAUGCUUUACAGUUCACCCUGGAUGAGAGAAGUAUUCUUUGGCUAAACCAGUUUGUGUUGGAUUUGAAACAGAGCCUUAUUCAGUUCAUGGCCAUGUACAAGUUAAAUGACAAUUCAAAAUCAGAUGAACAUGUUGAUGUCAGAGUUGAUGGACUAAUGUUAAAGUUCAUAAUUCCAGCUGAAAGUAAACUUGAAAUUCACAAAGAUCAACCUCGUGCACUUUCCAUUCAAAGUUCAGAGAUGAUUGCUACAAAUACAAGAUACUCACCAAACUGCAGGCACUCUGAUCUUGAAGCUUUGUUUCAGAACUUCAAAGACUGCGAAUUUUUUAGCAGAACUUUCACAGCAUUUCCUAAGUCCCAGAAGAAUUUUAAUCUCCUACAUCCAAUCUUCCAGAGACAUGCUCACGAACAAGAUACUAAAAUGCAUGAUGUUUAUAAAGGUUAUAUCAUCCCCAAAUUGAAUAAAUACGCGUUAAAGACAUCUGCAGCUACUGAUGUUUGGGCCUUACAUUUUUCUCAGUUUUGGAUAGAUUAUGAAGGAACGAAAAGUGGGAAGGGGCGACCUGUAAGCUUUGUGGACUCAUUCCCUCUUUCACUUUGGAUUUGCCAGCCACUACGAUAUGCAAAGUCACAAAAAGAGCUUUUAUCACACAAUCAGCCAGCAUUUAACAUUCCAAAAAGUGAAUCUAGUGAUCUUGCCAAUAGACUGCAACGCAAAAAACUUCUAAAAGAAUAUUACAGCACUGAGACAGAACCUUUGGCCAAUGGCAUUCAAAUGUCUCAUUUUUCAGACUCUUCGGGAGUGCUUUCUGAAAGCUCUUCCUCUGAUGCAGAUGUGCAUGUUCUUGUCCACGUUCAAAAACAUGUAAGCAUGCAGAUCAAUCAUUACCAGUAUCUUUUCUUGCUGUUUCUCCAUGAAUCUCUGGUAUUGCUCCUGGAAAACUUAAGGAAUGAUGUAGAAGCAGUGACAGGAAAACCUGCAAAGCAAACAGAUAUCUGCAUUGGGUUCCUAGUGAAAAGUGCAGAAUUAGCCUUACUACUCCACCCAGUGACUCAGGGAAACCCGUGUAAGUCUCCAGCUGUGGAAGAAGGAAGUCCCAUGGCAUCAGAGCUCUCUCCUUUGGGGAAUGGGGAAGCUCUUACUUCAGAAAACAAGUUAGGCAAUAAUAAGAUGGAACAAGCUGGUAUUAAUAAUAUUGAUUAUGUAUCUGACUGUAAGCCUACGAAUGUUGAAGUUAAAGGCGUUUUAAUGGAUCCUCUCUUGUUUAAAUCAGACAGUACUAUGGAUUUUCAGAAAGGAACGUCAUUUUCAGAUGAUGCAUCAGAUAAAGGUUUGGGAGAUACCAGUGAAGGAGGAAGCAGUGGGCUUUUUAGUAGAAGUGAUUCAGAGGAGGUCUAUGGACCUCUAAGUGACAGAAGUGGCUUGCAUCAUAGGGAUUCACUGUCCAUUUUAAGUAAGAGAGAAGAUUCUACAGAAUUUUUCAUUGAUAAAGAGGAUGAGAAAAAUAUGUUCUCAAAUAAGUUAAAUGAACUGGAAGGUACAACUGAAGCCUGUCUUAACCAAGUCACUGACUUGGAAACAGAAACUGCCUUAGAAUCCGAAGAGCUUGAAAUCAACAAAGAGAAGGUGGCUUCAGUUAGAAUGUUUGCAUCCCAGUCUUCAUCCAGUUCAAAGCCUAGGGACCGCUGCCCAUCCAGCCUUCCUGCGUUCUCUGUUUCCUACAAGAAUAUGAAAAGAAGUCCAUCACAGGUCUCUCUGGAUACCAUCUCUAUUGAUAGUAUGAUGCUAGAGGAGCAUUUAGCAGAGAGUGAUGGAAGUGAUAGCCAAAGCUUUCUAGAAAAAGGUAUUACAGCCACAAACUAUCAAAGCCCAUCAGAAAAUGCCCAUGAAGGAGGCACAGUGAUUGAAAAUUGUGAUGGGUCAUCUCCAGAUGCCAUGAGUGCUGCUUCAGAGAAUGCCCAUGAGACUAGUGAAGAAAUGAUGUCUGUUGUGGUUUUCCAAAUAUUUGGUGUUAACGGUGAAAUUGACAUCAGAGGGGAAGACACAGAAAUAUGCCUUCAGGUCAACCAAGUGAUACCAAAUCAACUUGGAAACAUCAGUGUUCGACAUUAUCUUUGCAACAGGACUGUGGGUUCUGAUUGUAAAGCUGUGGCUGGACCAGUUAAACCAUCACCUGAGAUUAGUCUGAGAUGGGAAAGUGGGCCUAGUGCCAUCAUGCAUUCUCUGCUGGCUGUUAAAAAUGGUUUUCUUCAGUGUCACGUUGAGAACUUCAGUGCUGAAUUUCUAACGUCUUCCCUCACAAACAUUCAGCAUUUUCUAGAAGAUGAAACUGUUGCAGAAGUGAUGCCUAUGAAGAUAAAAGUUUCUAAUGCAAUGAUUAAUUUAAAAGAUGAUAGUCCACGUGAAAAUCUCAAAGCGUGUGAGCUAGUACCCAUAAAACUGCAUAUUGACAUACUUUGGAUAGAACGAAAUGAUGAUGGCUCUUUCUUCAUUAGAGACAAUCAAAGAGUAAGUGAUGGGUCGAAGAUGAAGAAUUCAAGUAGUGCACUGCAGCAAGCAGCAAGACCUGCAGGACAUAAAACACAGGACCAAGCUACGCAGACUACUUGUGAAAUUCCCAGCCCAGUUAAAUCAAACAGAGAUUCAGCUGACUUCAUAAAAAAUGAGCUUGUUGAAGAAAACGAAUGUCUCAAACAGGAACUGGCCAAAGCUAAAGCAGCUCUUGCUGAGGUCCAAAUGGAGAAAGAUGCCCUGCUUCAUCGUAUAAAGAAGAUGAAUGUUGAUCAUCAGUAGGACAGUGUUCUGUUGGUGCGAGGCAUUGCCAGAACUUGAGGUGACUGCAACAUCUGAAGAACUGUUUGUGAAUUGCUGGAAGACAUGGUUUUUGGUUGUUUUUUUUCCUUUGGUCACGAACAAAAGUUCUCUCAUCACAAACAGAAUGUUUUUGAAAUAGUUGCUAUUCUGAAAAUGUCAUUAUAUACUGUAACUUUUUUCAGCCCAUUUUAAACUGAAAUGACUGGAGAAAUCAGUUUCUACCAUACUUUAUUAAUUUACUGAAGAAAAGAAUCAUAUCAGCUACUUUCAAUAUUAUUAAAGGAGAUGUUAUUUUUAAAACACUUGGGAUUUUUUUGAAAACUGGAUGGCUCAGCAAUGAAAGAAGGUGCCCAGUUGCUUAACUGAGUAAAGCGCACCAUGCCUCGUUAACAAACUGUACCUCUGUUUGUUAAGAUUAUGUUCUAGUAUUACUAGACAGUUUCUAUAUAGGAGGUUACAUUUGCACUAUGAUAUGUUAGAUCCCCUAGAAUAGUAUAGUACUGAAAAUUAAAAUAGCCCUAAACUGGCCCUAAAUUCUAUGUAAUUUGCCCAGAGAGGAUUUUAAGAAUAAUCCUCUGGUGCUAUAGAGUUCUAUGUACCCUUUCCACACAUGCUCCUGAAAUACCACAGUAAAUGCUGGAGAAUGUAAGUUAGAGGGCACUACUGGAGUUUAUUCCAGCACGAAAGCCCACAGCAUCUGUACAGCUGGUCUAAUUCAGACAUUCACACACAUGCUUUUCUCUCUCUGUGAUGAGGAGAUAGCCCUGCAGAAGGAUCCAGCAGUUUGUGAAAGGUGAUCUUUCAGCCAUUUUGCAUCUAUGUCUGAUUCUGUGAACUUUAUCAGACAUGCCCGAGGCUUUGGUCCAGUGUAUUUAAAUAUGUAAGGUCAGUGCUUGUGGGGGGCGGGAGGGAAAUUCCUACAGGGAUUCAUUAAUUGUAUAUUGCUUUUUUGAUUAUAAAUAUAUAUAUAUAUAUACACAUAUAUAUUAAAAAGCUUUAGAGAAACAUUUAAUUACCCUAUAAAAUUGUGAGAUUACAUGAGAUGUAAUUAUGCAAUUUAAACCAUGGGUGAUUUGUACAAAUUAAUCAAUUUUCAGCUAAAAACUGGUACGAAUGAAUAAAAAAGCACAAUGCUGUGAAACAGA